AUGAGGGAAAUCCCGGAAAACAUCAACACAACAAUUCCAUCCACUCUAAGAGGAACAGGGUUCUGUAUCCACAACACAUUAAAGAAAUCGAUGUCAAACAACGAUACCAAUAUCGCUAGAAAUCCUCGAGGCAAUCUCUCGUUUCUUAUGGAUGCUCCUGAGAAGUCCAAUCCGUCUUCUGAUGCGUCUGGAGUGGGACAAGGCACGGGUAUUAGACUACCACCCAUUUCAUUCUUGAACAACAUUACACAAGUCUCUGGAUCCCAGGUUAAGAUUCCAAAGCUGUUGAACAAUAUUGACAGUCCUAUGUCACAACCAACGGUGACACAAACUGAAGCGUUUACCCCAGCUCAGUCACAGGCUCAAAUUCAACAGCAACAGCAGCAACAGCAGCAGCAGCAGCAGCAACAACAACAACAACAACAACAACAACAACAACAACAACAACAACAACAACAAGCGGUAGAAUCUCUGCCUAUAGUUACGAGCAAACUCACUCCACCUGUCCAAUUCACCUUUUCAACGCAGAAAACCAGUCCUCGUACCCUACCAUUGAAAGAGGAGAUUACAAAGCCUGAUAUUGAUAGCGAAAGUGAUGAGGAAAUCAUCAAAUACUACGAGAAGAAGUACGGUAUUAAUGACUUCACAGACGAGGAAAAACAUGAUAUUUUACAGCACGAGAGAAGAGCACGUAUUGAGAAGCAUAAGAAUCCAAAUUACAAGACUUAUCUUUGCUAUAGCAUCAUCAAAAGAUUAAACGCUGUGAAGCCAACCAAACCAAGUGUUAAAGAAGAGGGCGCAAAGAAGAAGGAACCACCAAGCAAGAAGCAACCAGCACAAUCCACUCCUGUUAUCUCUACUGUAUCUACUGUCUCAAAGAAAGCUGAGGCUCCGAGACCAACCGUUAAGAAAGACAUCAUCGUUGAUAACUCUGAUGUUUUAACGUAUGCUUCAAAGUUCCCUAGAACCCACCUUGGUUCCUUGAUAUACACGCCGUUCCCGAGAAGGGAAUCCUAUAGACAAUUGAACAUCUUCAAGGAUGUCAAGUUCUUGAACAAUGACAUUGUUCCACUCAUUCCCGAGUUGAGGGAAUACGUGAAUAGCAUCAUCACAGUGCGUAUUCCAUCAUGGCUGAUUGGUGACUUGAAGAACAACAAGAACUACCAACACCGUGCGAUUUGGGGUACGGAUAUCUAUACCGAUGAUUCUGACAUUCUGAUGAUCUUGAAGCACAAUGGGUUCCUACCAGCUGUUGAUGAGGAGCUGGAGCAAGAAGAGAUCAAAAUGAAGAAGCAAACACCGGGAAACUUGACGAACAAGAGCAACAUCGUUCAAAGUGUCCCAAACUUUCGUCAGUUCGUCAACAUCAUUGGCGGUGACAUCCACGUUGAUCUCAUCGUCCUACCACCGCUUGUCAAGUACACGGGUGUGUACCGCAACGGUGUUAACUCACGCUCGUGGAAGGGCCACGACGGUAUGAGCCUGGCCCUCUACGGCGUACGGUACGGUGAGAAGGGAAGCUCCGUUGACGAUAUGAACGACGUUGGAACCAAGAAGAGAAGACUGGAUGAGAUUGUGGAACAAUCCCAGAACGUCAAGGGAGAGGCUUGGAAGAUUGAUAAGACAGCAUGGAAAAGAGUGAAGGAACAGUAGCGAUGCUCUCCCUCUCAUCCUACAAGUCAGCAAUCUUCCUCCUAAUCGACUAUAUAACAUAAUAAACUGUACUGUGUGUUCUUCUUUUCUUUCCACUUCUUCUUUUCCU